GGAACAUUAUUGAAGCAUCCGCUGCGAAUAAUUUCCACCCCCAUCUCCGCCUCCUACUCCGCCUCCGCCCACCUACCCCGAUCACUGUCUUACCUUCCACCACGCGCAUUGUAUUGCAGUGGACAUGCUCUCCCGAUUCGCGCCUCGCGCGGUGACUGCGCCGGUGCGGUCGCUCAGAUAUGCUCCCGCUGUCAGAAGUGUGACCACGGAUGCGGCGAGCAGUCAUGCUGAGAAGCACGAGGUACCGGCGGAAGAUGACAAGCCUUUCCAAGUGCGGCUCUCCGAUGAGGCAUUCGAGACCUACGAGAUGGACCCGCCUUCAUACACCCUCGACACCACGAAGAAUGAGCUGAAGCAGAUGUACUACGACAUGGUCGCAGUGCGCCGCAUGGAAAUGGCCGCCGACAGACUGUACAAGGAAAAGAAGAUCCGCGGUUUCUGCCAUCUGUCCACUGGACAAGAAGCUGUUGCGGUCGGAAUGGAGCACGGAAUGACAAAACAGGACCACCUCAUCACAGCCUACCGAUGCCACGGCUUUGCCAUGAUGCGCGGAGGCACUGUGCGAUCCAUCAUCGGUGAACUUCUUGGACGCAGAGAGGGUAUCGCACACGGCAAGGGUGGUUCCAUGCACAUGUUCUCCACUGGCUUCUAUGGCGGAAACGGUAUCGUGGGAGCCCAAGUGCCCGUUGGCGCAGGCAUUGCCUUUGCCAACAAGUACGAGGACAAGAAGAACGUCACACUCGCGCUCUACGGAGAUGGUGCUAGCAACCAGGGUCAAAUCUUUGAGGCGUUCAACAUGGCGAAGCUGUGGGACCUUCCCAUCAUCUUUGGAUGUGAGAACAACAAGUACGGCAUGGGAACUGCUGCGCAUCGUGCUGCUGCCUUGACCGACUACUAUAAGCGCGGUCAAUUCAUUCCAGGUCUCAAGAUCAACGGAAUGGAUGUCCUCGCGGUCAAGGCCGCUGUUCAGCAUGGUAAGAAAUGGUGCGCCGAGGGCAACGGACCUCUGGUUCACGAGUAUGUCACAUACCGAUAUGGUGGUCACUCCAUGUCCGACCCCGGCACCACCUACCGAACCCGUGAAGAGAUUCAGCGCAUGCGAUCGACCAACGACCCCAUUGCAGGCCUCAAGCAGAAGAUCCUCGAAUGGGAAGUGGUCACUGAGGCCCAACUGAAGGAAAUUGACAAGGAGGCUCGCAGCCACGUUGACGAAGAAGUGGCUAUCGCGGAGAAGAUGGCAGCACCAGACGCGUCACCUGAGGUUCUGUUCGAGGACAUCUAUGUGCGUGGAUCCGAGCCUCAAUUCCUCCGAGGCCGAAUUCCUGAAGAGAACUACUACUACCCCGAGCGAGAAGUCCAGGUCCCCAAGUCGCCAGCUCAGACUUAGCGGCUUGCAAAGAGCCUGUGAGAUGUAGCGUUUAUUAGCAGUGCAUGAACAGAGGCCCAUGGUUUUGAGCUUCGCAGAGGAGUGCAGGCGCCGACACGUCACUGGGGGAAGAGUGCGUGUAAUGAUAGCGUGUCUUUCUGCAGAAUUGUAUCCUCUACAUUGUGUACUAUUGAGCGACCCUCCGACACGAGUCCCAGACCGAAAUAUUUCAUUGAAUGAAGAGCUCGGGAAAUCAUAC